ACUUAAUUAUCCACCACUAACCCAAUUUUCAGAGGCCAAAGAAUGAAAUUUCUCCACAUGUCAUAAUCAUCAUCAUAAAAUUCCAGUGUAUUUACAAUAUUGUUCAAGGGUUGGAUCAAAUACAUGAUGUAAUAAUUUUAUUUUUUUAUGGACUAGAUUUAAUAUCUGAAAAAUACUAAGCCACACAGAGUAAGAUGAGGUUCUAAAAUCCCCCAAAAGGAAAAAUCAGACAAGCAACUCCCAAAACCCCAUGGCUGCUGCUUCAGCACCCACAGCAACUUCAUCUUCUUCAUUCUCACUUCCACUGAGAACCCAAUCCAUCAAACCAAACCCUCAUCUUACAAAACAGAGGAUAACAAGAAUUAACCACUUAUGGGUUCGGGCCGUACAAGGCGGUUCAACGGGCCGACAGCCAGCCUCACCCGGAUUCGACACAAGAAUCCAUUGGGAGAAUGACGAUGAAGGAUGGAUAGGAGGAAAAACCUCACAAGAAAAGGUCAAAGACGAAUCAGAUUUCACGGGCGAUAAAUUCUCCGAUUUGCUCAACAGUUCAUCCGAUUCUCAUUACCAGUUUCUAGGAGUAUCUUCGAAUGCUGAUCUCGAAGAGAUUAAAUCCGCCUACAGAAGAUUGUCGAAGGAAUAUCAUCCAGACACAACUACACUUCCUCUGAGAGCUGCAUCGGAAAAAUUCAUGAAAUUAAGAGAGAUUUACGAUGUGUUAAGCGACGAAGAAACACGGAGGUUUUACGACUGGACUUUGGCUCAGGAGACAGCAAGUAGAGAAGCUGAGAAGAUGAGGAUAAGGCUGGAAGAUCCUUACAUGAAAGAAGUCGAGAGUUACGUACCGGUCGGAGAUAUGGUGGACCGCCUCGGUGGGCGGAACAUGGAGCUCAAUGAUCAGGCAAAGCAAGCCCUCACUUUCGAUAUCUUGAUCAUUAUAUUCUCCAUAUGUUGUAUAAUAUACGUUGUCUUCUUCAAAGAACAGUAUUAGUCGCACUUCAUUACGUAUAAAGAUACACACAAAUAUAUGAACUCCGUAUAUAUAUUCCA